AUGCCAUGCAUUUUAGAUAUACAAUAUAAGAUGAAGAAAAAAAUUACUCAAAGUAUCUGCAUUUCCCCCACUAGCACAAAACCAGAAGCAGCACUUCUUGUAACAGAAGGUUUACCUCUUUCCUCGGCACCAACCAAAGAAAGCAUGGUCGCAAAUGACGCAAUAAAAGAGAGCGCUGAGUUUCCUCCAGUGGAAAUAGGCACCCGAGGCACGGUCGCGUCACUCAUAAUGCAGGAAAUCGACUACUUCAGCCGGAUCGAAUCAAAUUCCCAAGACAGGUCACAGAGGAACAACAAGUCUCAAUUCACAAAUGUAGGUUCCUCUCACAGCACAAAUCCUAGGAGCACAAUUGUGUCCACAGUUGAAAGUACAAAGAAAAAGCGAGUAAGUAGCAAGCUUCUACCUAGUAUGUGCUCUAUGGUGGAUGUAUCUGACGGCGGUAGGCCAAACGGGACCUCGGUUUUUGGUUACAGAAACCUGAGGUCUGACACGAAAAAGUUUCAGUUUUAGAUAAUGCUCUCAGAGAGCUUUGAGAAACCGAGCUUCUUGAGACGAGUCGCUAAAGGAGUAGCCCAAGUUUUUUCUGCAUUCCCACAUUUGAUAUCGACGACUUCAACAAUGUUAGGUUUCUUUUUAUCAUUUUUUUUCUGUCUGAUUGGAGUUCUGUCCACUGAAAAAUGAUCGGCAGAAUCUAACAUUGGUAUUCUAUGAGUAUUCCUACUAGUACUACUACUAUUAGCUUUUGUUCUAUAAUUUGUAUUUUUACUGCUUCCACUGCCACUGCCACUGGCUUCAUCUGAUGAUUUUCUUGGUUGUAGUCUUUUAGGGUUUGCACUUGUACCAGUAUUACUACUACUACUACACGGAACAGAAACGUGAAGUGUUCUAGGUUUA